CUCUAACGCAGAACUUCACUCCUAUGUGGUGUUUCAAUACUCAACACGCCCAAGCCAGUAUAGAGGUACCCAGGUACCUUUACUGUAAUGUCUCCCUCUAUAAUCGAAGAGUAUGACUAUGUUGUAGUAGGUGCUGGGUUCCACGGGCUUGCCGUAGCAAAACAAUUACAUUGUACGCAGCCUGACCGUACUCUGGUGAUAUUUGAAGUACAAUCUACUCUGGGUGGCAAAUGGGCCAAGAAUAGGCUGCUUCCAGGCCUAAAGAGCAAUAAUCUCUUAGGGACAUAUGAAUACCCCGACUUUCCUAUGACUGCGGAUAGGUUUGAUGUCAAGCCGGGCGAGCAUAUUCCUGGAGAAGUAAUUAAUACUUACCUCGAAGCGUAUGCCGAAGAAUUUGGCAUCAUUAAUUUCAUCAGGCUUGAAACUACAGUCCUUACUGCGGAACACCAGGACACAACAGAAGGCGGGUGGAUUCUAACGAUCAAGCAACAGAAUCAACAACAGACGAGCAAGGUUCUGGCUCAUAAGCUUAUCGUUGCCACUGGAUUAUUAUCGGAACCUUUCAUGCCAAGAUUCGACGGACAGGACGAAUUUAAUGGGAAGAUAUUUCACAGCAAGGAUUUCCCAAAAAACUUAGAUACGUUGGAAGCAAAGACCGUUACUGUCUUUGGGGCUGGAAAGUCUGGAUGGGAUGCCGUAUACCAAUAUGCCCUGGCUGGUGCCAAGGUAAAUUGGGUCAUUCGAUCGAGCGGCCAUGGCCCUGUAUGGAUGGCGCCUCCAUAUGUAACGCCGUUCAAGAAAUGGCUCGAGAAACUUACGAACACCCGCUUUCUUACCUGGUUCAGUCCGUGUAUCUGGGGUGAUGCCGAUGGCUAUUGGGGUAUACGUUAUUUUUAUCAUCGGACCGCGCUUGGUCGCUUUCUAGUAGAUCGCUUUUGGAAUAUACUCAGCCGGGAUAUCAUUACGCUGAAUAAAUACGACUCUCACCCGGAUACAGCCAAGUUAAAACCUUGGCUUCCCGUCAUGUUUGCAGGAUGCAGUUAUAGCAUUCUCAACUACGAGCAGGACUUUUUCGAGCUCGUUAAGAGUGACAGGGUCGAUAUUCAUAUCGGGGAGAUCAUCCGGUUAAGCCCAGGGAAAGUUCACCUUGCUGAUGGUACCGAAUUCGCAUCCGAAGCAUUUCUAGCGAAUACGGGCUGGACGCAUGUUCCACCUAUCAAAUUCCUUCCGGAAGGGAUUGAAAAGGAACUUGGAGUUCCCCACGAGGUUGCAGAAAAUGCGCCCGUACAAGACCUGGCAAACAACCAUACGCUUCUAGAACGAGCUGAUAAGGAGAUUCUGGAACGCUUCCCGAGACUCAAAAUACAGCCAGUAUGGAAGAAGAAUUUCGGCCCCCUCAUAGACCAGAAAGGAAUCAGCACUGAUGCACGAUCUCAUACACCCCUUACACCAUAUAUGCUACACCGUUUCCUUGUUCCUGCGUCCCCUCGUUUCCUACGGCCUCGAGAUAUAGCAUUUAUAGGCCUUCAAACCAAUAUCAGCAACAUCAUUACUGCUCACAUCACAGGGCUCUGGAUCAGCGCGUACUUCUCAGGAAAACUGGCAAGGGACCCUUCCAAGGCCAUCGACGAUAAGGAGGAGAUGAAGAAGCUGCUAUACGAGACCGUGCUGCACAAUAGAUUUGGCAAGUGGCGAUAUCCUACCGAAUGGGGGAAUAAAGGCCCAAACUUUACCUUCGAUGCUGUUCCUUAUUUUGAUCUACUCCAGCGGGACCUCGGAUUGAAUCCGUUUCGGAAGGGCAAUGUUCUUACGGAGAUGUAUGAUCCAUAUGGGCCGGAGGAUUAUCGUUACAUCAAUCAAGAGUGGCUAGAAAAACAGGCUCAGGCAUCUGGCACGGGGAGUUCCGUUGACUGAACAGGACUUCGCCUUCUUCGUGCCGUGUUAGGGCU